AUCACAACAACAUCCACGAUGCUGUUCGCCACUGCGCCUGCGCAGACGGGAGACAGCUGAUAACUCAUCUAUUAUGCUACUUCGCUAAAUAAAAAAAACAAAAUCUUCCAUAAAACUGACCGUCGAUCGGACGCCUCCCGGAGCACCGAGACACGAAGUAGAGCCGCCUCUCUGACCGGGUAACGGUGGCUUUAAGCGGGUAAACGGAGCGGAAGUGUCGCUGUGUGUCUCCAGACAAAGCUCAGCUAACAGGCUAACGGCUCGUUAGCUAGAGCGGUAACAUCUGCACACAACGGAUCGGUGAGUGCGUGAAUCCGCUCGUUACCGAACAAACCGGCAGGAUAUUGCCUCCAUCACGCGCUCCAGACGUCAACACGACGGCUAUUAAUACUAUUUACGACGUUUAAUUACGUCUUCGGUUGUGCGAUGGGAGUUUGGCUUCUCGGAGGAAACAUCGAGCUGAAGAAUCGGCACCACCAACUACACCUGAACUGAACACACACCUGUGUGCCCUCUCUCUCACACACAUACACACACACACCCUCAGAACACAGAGGGAGUUGUUUUUUCACCUUUAGGUCAGACACUGAUAUCCCACAGUGCAUUGCUGCGUCACCUCCGUCCACCAUGUCGGACGCCCCCGAGGCUGCGCCCCCCAGCCCCCCCACCGUCACCAACCCGGCCCCCCCGGAGGUCACCAACGCCACCAAACCUGGCAGAAAGACCAACCAGCUGCAGUACAUGCAGAACGUGGUGGUGAAGACACUGUGGAAGCAUCAGUUCGCGUGGCCCUUCUACCAGCCGGUGGACGCCAUCAAACUCUGCCUGGCGGUGAGUUCCUCUUCACUUCAUGCCCAGUUCAAUCUCACCGGAUCGUCUCCAUCUGUAAGCUUCACAUGGAGCAGAGUUGUUUUACAAAAGCAUUGAAUUAUAUUCUCAAUAAUAAGGCCUUAAAAGUAUUAAAACCGUUAACGAAGGGAUUACAUAUAUAGCGUCAUGGAUAAAUGUUUUGUUUGUGACAUUAACGUUAAAUGUUACACCUUUAUGUCGGUGGAUUACUUGGAAUGGGUUUGUAGAAUUAUUACACAAUAAGGACUUAAUAACUACACGAUAAGGACUUAAUAACUACACAAUAACUUUAACAACUACACAAUAACUACACAAUAACCACUUAAUAACUACACAAUAACCACUUAAUAACUACACAAUAACCACUUAAUAACUACUCUGCUACCAGUGGUAGAAAGUACAUGUACUCAAGUACUGUACUUAAGUACAAUUUAAAGGCAGUAUCUCCGUGUUCUUCAUACCUCCACUACACCUGAGGGGUAAAUAUUGUACUAUUUAUCUGACAGCUUUAUUUACUUUACAUCUUAAGAUUGACGGUACAACAUUUAAUCAAUAAAUAAAUGAUAUAAUUAUAUUAAUUGAUGAUAAUUCACAGGCUACCCAG